UACUAGUCCAGCCUGGCUCCUCCCUGUCCCUCCCUCUCCCUCCUUCCCGCUCUCUUUCUCUCUUCAGAGAUACAUGUGCAGGGAGAGACUGUGACGCAGCCAUUCCAGAGCGUGAGCCAAAGGCACACAGACAGCACUGAUCCUCCUCCCUAUACUCCACAGGGGCACCCCAGACCCAGAGAAGAACACCUAUCUACAACACACAGCGGCAGCUGAACUUCCAGAGAGGUCCGGCUGUGCAGACACACACACUGCUCCAUCAGGAGGCUUCCACUCACAACCUCACACUCAGCCUGUCUCCCAGCACACCACCUGAACCACUUGCUGGAUGUCCACUAUGGAAACGGGUCAGAAACGAACCAGCCGCGGCGGAGCCGCCACCCAGCUCACCCCAACUCGCAUUUCCCGCCUGCAGGAGAAGGACGACCUGUGCAACCUCAACGACCGGCUGGCCGUCUACAUCGACAAGGUGCGCUCGCUGGAGAUAGAGAAUGCUGGGCUGCGGAUGCGCAUCACUGAGUCCGAGACCGAGAUCAGCCGUGAGGUGACGGGCAUGAAGGGGGCCUAUGAAACGGAGCUUGCCGACGCCCGAAAGACCCUCGACUCGGUGGCCAAGGAGCGUGCCCGACUGCAGCUGGAGCUAGGCAAAGUCAAGGAGGAGUACAAGGAGCUCAAAGUCAGAAAUGGGAAGAAGGAGUCGGACCUGGAGGCAGCUCUGGCCCGGCUGAGGGAUCUAGAGGCUCUGUUGAACUCUAAAGAUGCCUCUCUGUCCACCGCCCUGGGGGAGAAACGCUCUCUAGAUGCUGAGGUCAGGGACCUGAAGGCCCAGCUAGCCAAGCUGGAGACCGGUCUGAGCGACGCUAAGAAGCAGCUUCAGGAUGAGAUGCUGAGGAGAGUGGACGCUGAGAACCGCCUGCAGACCAUCAAGGAAGAACUGCAGUUCCAGAAGAACAUCUACGGAGAGGAGCUGAGGGAGUCCAAGCGCAGGCACGAGUCUCGCAUGGUGGAGAUUGACAGUGCAGGAACAA